AAGAAUCUGCUCUGCAGCUCAGAACCUUUUCCAGUGACCUAUUUUUCGUGCCUCCGUUUGUUUUAUUUUGGUAGUCACGACAGGCGGAAGUGUUUAAAUUUCGAACAGAGUUCAUUUUAUAUUUCGACUCAGUUGCGUCUUGCUCCUCAAAAUGUCUUCUAAGAUGUCUGCGGAGAAACAGGGAGAUAUUUUGUGCUUCUUCAUCAACGGGAAAAAGGUGACGGAGAACAAUGCGGACCCCGAAACUACGCUGUUGUCCUUCCUCCGGGAGAAGUUGAGGUUAACGGGAACCAAGUACGGCUGCGGCGGCGGAGGCUGCGGCGCAUGCACGGUCAUGUUGUCCCGCCUCCAACCGGCCACCAGAACCAUCACACAUUACUCAGUCAACGCCUGCCUGCUGCCGCUCUGCCAGCUCCACGGAGCCUCCGUCACCACGGUGGAGGGCGUCGGCAGCACCAAGACCCGGCUGCACCCGGUGCAGGAGCGGAUUGCCAAAGCUCACGGUACCCAGUGUGGCUUCUGCACUCCAGGGAUGGUGAUGUCCAUGUACACGCUGCUGAGGAACCGGCCUCAGCCCACCAUGGAGGACAUCACUCAGGCUCUGGCGGGUAAUCUGUGCAGGUGCACUGGAUACCGACCCAUCCUCGACGGCUGCAGGACCUUCUGUCAGGAAGCCAACUGCUGCCGAGCCAACGGAGGUGAAGGCUGCUGCCUCGAGGGAGAGCAGAGUCCUGAAGAACCAGCUCAUGAGGAGAAGCCCCGCUUGUUCGACACAGAAGAGUUCCUUCCCCUGGACCCGACCCAGGAGCUCAUCUUCCCCCCCGAGCUGAUUCUGAUGGCAGAGGCGCCGAACCCGAAGACGCUGACCUUUCGUGGGGAGAGGAGUAGCUGGGUGUCCCCCUCCUCCCUGGAGGAGCUUCUCCAGCUCAAGGCCAGGAACCCCGACGCUCCGCUGGUGGUGGGAAACAGCAACGUAGGUCCAGACAUGAAGUUCAAAGGCGUCCUGCACCCGCUGCUGAUCUCUCCAACCAGAGUCACGGAGCUGUUUGAGGUCACUCGGACGCCACAGGGUGUGUGGGUGGGCGCGGGCUGCAGCCUCACCGAGGUCCGCUCCCUUCUGGACAAGCUGCUCCCUCAGCUGGAGCAGGAGCAGACGGGCCUGCUCCGGGCCCUGAGCCGGCAGCUGGGCACCCUGGGGAGCCAGCAGAUCCGCAACGUCGCUUCCCUCGGGGGGAACAUCGUUACCGCCUACCCGAACUCUGACCUGAACCCGCUUCUGGCUGCAGGGAACUGCAAAGUGAGCCUGCUUUCUGCUGCAGGGGGAAGACGAGAGCUCCCUCUGAAUCAAGACUUCUUUGUGAGCUUUGGGAAAACCCUCCUGAAGCCAGAAGAGGUUCUGGUGUCUGUCUUCAUUCCCUUCUCCAGAAAGGGGGAGUUUUUUGGAGCUUUCCGCCAAGCCCCCAGGAAGGAGAGCUCCCUCUCUACGGUGACCAGUGGGAUGAGAGUGUUCUUCUCGGAGGGGUCCCGCGUGGUUCAGGAUGUCAGUAUCUACUACGGGGGGAUGGGGCCGACCACUGUUGGUGCCACCAAGACGUGCGCAGCCAUCGUCUCCAGGCCCUGGGACGACGAGACCCUCAGCCGGGCCUACGACGUCCUCCUGGACGAGUUGGUCCUCCCCCUCUCGGCUCCCGGAGGAAAAGUGGAGUUCCGUCGCUCUUUGACUCUCAGCUUCCUGUUUCAGUUCCACCUGGAGGUCCUGCAGAACCUGAAAGAAAUGGUAAAAUACGCCCGCCAGACGUUGCCAUGUUUGAUUCACCUCAGUUGUGAAUCUUACACCGCACCACUUUGUGUGCAGCACGUGAUCACUGAGGAGAUUCCUGAGAAGAUGCAGCCGUUGCCCCGAGAGAUCCACCCCGGCCUGCAGGAGUUCCAGCAUGUGUCCAAGGACCAGAGCGACCAGGACCCGGUGGGGCGUCCCAUCAUGCAUCGCUCCGCCCUCAGCCACGCCACGGGGGAGGCCGUGUACUGCGACGACCUCCCCGCCACGGAGGGCGAGCUCUUCCUGGCUCUGGUCACCAGCUCCCGAGCGCACGCCAAGAUAACGGCGCUGGACGCCAGCGAGGCUCUGAGGCUCCCCGGGGUCGUCGACGUCAUCACGGCCAGAGACGUUCCGGGGCGCAAGACGCGCAAGAUGUCCGGCUACGAAGAGGAGCUGCUGGCCGACGGCGAGGUGUCCUGCGUCGGUCAGCUGCUGUGCGCCGUGGUCGCCGACUCGAGGCUGCACGCCAAGCGGGGGGCAGCGGCCGUGAGGGUCUCCUACGAGGACCUGCCCGACCCCGUGUUCACCUCAGAGGAAGCCGUGGAGAAGGAGUCUUUCUUCGAGCCGCGGAGGACGAUAGAGAGAGGAGAUGUGACCAAAGCCUUUGGAUCAGUGGAUCAGGUCCACGAAGGAGAGCUGCGGAUCGGCGGCCAGGAGCAUUUCUACAUGGAGACCCAGAGCAUGCUGGUCGUCCCCGUGGGCGAGGAGACCGAGUUCAACGCGUACGUCUCCACGCAGUUCCCCACGCUGAUGCAGGCAGCGAUAGCGGAGACGCUGAGCAUCCCGUCCAACAGAGUCACCUGCCACGUUCGGAGGAUCGGCGGAGCCUUCGGGGGGAAGGUGGUGAAGACGGCGGUUCUGGCUUGUAUCACCGCCGUGGCGGCGUGGAAGACCAACCGGGCGGUGCGCUGCGUCCUGGAGCGAGGGGAGGACAUGCUGAUCAGCGGCGCCCGUCACCCCGUCCUCGGCAAAUACAAAGUGGGCUUCAUGAAUGACGGGCGGAUCGUGGCUGCAGAUUUCCACUACUACGCCAACGCCGGCAACAUGGUGGACGAAUCCGUCCUGGUGGUGGAGAAGUUCCUCCUCCACUUUGACAACGCCUACAACAUCCCCAACCUGAGGGGCCACGCCGCCGCCUGCAGGACCAACCUGCCCUCCAACACCGCCUUCCGGGGCUUCGGCGUGCCCCAGAGCCUCCUGGUGGUGGAGAACAUGGUGGAGGACGUGGCGGCGCUGCUGCGGCGCCCCGCCGACCAGAUCCGCGAGAUCAACAUGUACCGCGGGCCCUCGGUCACCCAGUACAAGCUGGAGUUCAGCCCGGAGAACCUGCGGCGCUGCUGGGAGGAGUGCAAGCUCAGGUCGGAGCACGCCGCGCGGCGCCGGGCCGCGGACCAGUUCAACCGGGAGAACCGCUGGAGGAAGAGGGGCGUGGCCAUGGUGCCCAUCAAGUAUGGCAUCGCCUUUUCGGAAGGCUUCUUGAAUCAGGCCGCCGCUCUGGUCCACAUCUACAAAGACGGGUCCGUCCUGGUGUCUCACGGCGGGACGGAGAUGGGUCAGGGACUGCACACUAAAAUGCAACAGGUGGCGAGCCGGGAGCUUCGCGUCCCCGCCGCCAAGGUCUACAUCAGUGAAACCAGCACCAACACGGUUCCCAACGCCAGCCCCUCCGCCGCCUCCUGCGGUACCGACGCCAACGGCAUGGCGGUCCAGAACGCCUGCCAGAUUCUGUACCAGCGGCUGGAGCCCAUCAGGCUGAGGAACCCUGAAGGAUCAUGGGAGAGUUGGGUCCAGGCCGCGUUCCUUGAGAAAAUAAGCCUAUCGGCGACGGGCUUCUACAAAGGCCCGGACCUGUACAUGGACUGGGUCAAGAUGGAGGGACGGCCCUACGCCUACUUCACCUUCGGGGUGUGCUGCUGCGAGGUGGAGCUGGACUGCCUCACGGGAGACUACAGGACGCUGAGGGCUGACAUCGUGGUGGACAUCGGCAGAAGUGUGAACCCCUCAGUGGACAUCGGGCAGAUCGAGGGAGCCUUCAUGCAGGGUCUGGGCCUCUACACCCUGGAGGAGUUGAAGUUCUCCCCCUCCGGGCUCCUGUACACUCGAGGCCCGUCUCAGUACAAGAUCCCGGCGGUGUGCGACGUGCCGCUUCGCUUCAACGUCUACCUGCUGCCGGACUCCUCCAACCCCCACGCCAUCUACUCCUCAAAGGGCAUCGGAGAGCCGGUCCUCUUCCUGGGCAGCGCCGCGUUCUUCGCCAUCAAAGACGCCGUCGCCGCCGCCCGCUCCGACUCCGGCCUGGUGGGCCCGUUUUCCCUGAACAGCCCCGCCACGCCGGAGAGGGCGUGUCUGGCUUGCGCCUCCCCGUUCACUCAGAAGAUUCCAGCCAGCAAACCAGGGUCUUUCAAACCGUGGGCCUUAAACAUCUGAAACAGAAAAUCAAGAUUUGUUGUUAUUUUUGAUCGAUUUAACGCUUGACUGUGAAUCUUUGACUGAUAAUGCUCUAAACUCUAUUGCACUUUGCACUAUUCAAUAUCCAUUGCACAUGUAUUCUCAUCACUUCCUGCUGCAUGUCAACAAUAUACCAAUAAAUGAUUGAAACGUUU